UGAGUUUUGAAUGAAUUUUUUUGACAUUCAAUUCAAUCUGACAACUGCGAAACCUACUAUAGUUUUAUUACGAUACGAUUUUUUUUAGUCCUUGUGUAAAUAAAUCCGUUUACGUACUAUUGAAGUCGAGAUUUUAAAGAUUAGCGUCGCGUAUUGUGAUUGAUAAUUGUAACAGUGUUAAGUGUUGAGUGUAUCUUGUGGAGAAAUAUGGGCAAUAUUCACACUGUUGGGCCAAACGAGGCACUUAUAGUCUCAGGUGGCUGUUUCGGUUCGACACAAAAGCGGACCAUUGUCGGCGGGUAUGCCUGGGCUUGGUGGCUGGUUACUGAUGUACAACGAAUUUCUCUUGAGGUGAUGACCCUGAAUCCCAUGUGUGAAUACGUGGAGACCGCUCAAGGUGUCCCACUUACUGUCACCGGAGUCGCGCAGUGCAAGAUCAUGAACGAAGACGAGCUACUCACCACCGCCUGCGAGCAGUUCCUCGGCAAGUCUGUUAAGGAGAUCAAAAUGACCGUCCUGCAUACCCUGGAAGGGCAUUUGAGAGCUAUACUAGGAACUCUUACAGUAGAAGAGGUGUACCGAGACCGGGACCAGUUCGCGGGUCUGGUCCGCGAGGUGGCAGCACCCGACGUCGGACGGAUGGGCAUCGAGAUCCUGUCCUUCACGAUCAAGGACGUGUACGAUGACGUGCAGUACCUCGCCAGCCUUGGUAAGGCGCAGACGGCGGCGGUGAAGCGCGACGCCAACAUUGGAGUCGCACAGGCCAAUAGGGACGCGGGUAUCAGGGAGGCGGAAUGCGAGAAGAGCGCGAUGGACGUGAAAUAUUCCACCGAUACCAAGAUAGAGGACAACAACAGGUUGUUCAAGUUGCAGAAGGCGCAGUUUGACCAGGAAAUUAACACUGCUAAAGCAGAAUCUGCUCUAGCGUAUGAACUACAAGCUGCUAAGAUCAAGCAGAGAAUCCGUAACGAAGAAAUCCAGAUCGAAGUUGUUGAAAGACGAAAGCAAAUUGAGGUGGAGCAACAAGAGAUCCUCCGCCGUGAAGAGGAGCUGGUGUCGACAGUGCGACUGCCCGCUGAGGCCGAGGCAUACCGUCUGCAGACUAUCGCCGAGGGAAAACGGACUCAAACAGUGGAAGCAGCGAAGGCGGACGCUGAGCGCAUCAAGGUGCUAGGUCUGGCUGAGGCGACUGCUAUAGGCGACGUGGGGAAGGCGGACGCGGAGCGGAUGCUGGCUAAGGCUAAAGUCUACAAGCAGUACGGAGAUGCGGCAAUCAUGGCGCUCGUGCUUGAAGCUCUGCCUAAGAUCGCAGCGGAGGUAUCAGCACCGUUAGCUAAAACGGACGAGAUAGUGUUGGUGGGCGACAACGGCGCGACGGGCGAGGUGGCGCGCAUCGCUGGAGGUAUACCGCCCGCGCUGAAGACUCUCACAGGACUUGAUAUUUCACAAGUGCUCAAGCGGCUGCACCCCAGCGCCUCGCCAGAUGAUAAUCUCUUGGCUUCGUCGAGUAAGAAGAAAGAAGUUGUGGCAUGUUAAUUUGUAUUUAAGUCACGUCAUAUCAGCUUAAUAUUGAAACGACAUUUAAAUAUGUAUUCUACUUAAAUAAACUA